AUGGAGUCGGAGCUGAGCUCAGUGCUGGAGGCGGCGAAGAAGCUGUCCGCAAGCGACCAGGAUCUGUUGCUGGAAGGGCUGCUGAAGCAGCGGCUGUGCGGUCUAGAGGCCUGGUGCGACUCGGACUUCAGCCCCGCCGGCUGUGCCGUGCGCCCGGCGCGGGCCUCGCCUCUGGCGCUGCGGAAAGUGGCCGGGUGCCCCUGGUGCCGGCGCCCGCUGCGCCUGGUGCCCACGCCAGGCAAAUCGGUGCGGAAAAACUUGCCGGUGGAGGGCCGGCACGCCUACGCGACGCUGCUCUAUGGACCGCAGUGCCACAACUACUUUCUGGGAGCCCUGGUGCUCGGCGAGGGGCUGCUGCGUUUCGGCGGGGCUCCGCACCGGAUUUUGCUGCACACGCCGGAUGUGCCGCAGGCCUACCUGCAGGCGCUGACGGCGGCUGGGUGGACCUGCCGCCAGGUGGAGUACUUGAGCCACGUGGCCUGGGCCUUGUUCAAGAAUUGGAAGACCAGCCGCUUCAUCGACGUCUUCACCAAACUCCGGGUCCUGGAGCAAGAGGACUUUGAGAAGGUCCUCUUGUUGGACCUGGACCUCCUGGUGCGGGACUCCCUCUCUGGGCUCUUUGCGCUGCCUGCCCCGGCGGCCAUGAAGCGUGGCCCGCAGCUGGCCCACGGAGCGGCGGUGGACUAUGGGCUGAUUUGGGGCCACCCCACCCGGAGGGAGGGGGAUGAGCUGCCGCAGCACCAGCAGGCCUCCGGGAUCAACGCGGGGGUCAUGUUGCUGCAGCCCGACAGGAGCGUGUUGGAGCAGAUGGUGCAGGAGGUGCACGACUACGGGCACCCGGAGCACUACGGCACUUACAUGCCUGAGCAGGAGUACAUCUCCCGGUUCUACGGCACUUUCGAUCAGUGGACGCAUGUCUCGUGUCGCUUCAACUUUGAGAUCGACAAGAACGAGCGCAUCCCCCAUGACUUUUCAGAGGCGCACGAGGAGAUCCGCGGCUCCGACAGCGGCCGCGAGGGCGCGGUGGUGCUGCACUUCUCGGGCUGCGGGGUGAAGCCUUGGGACUUGCUCUACGCCGCGGGGGCGGGGCCGCCUGGGGCGCUUCCGCCGCUGAGGGCGGAGUCGGUGGAGGGCCUGGGGUCGCUCCUCGAUGGGCUGAGGGCCAGCGGGCCCGGGGACCACCUCAAGGGCUACCAGGACGAGGUGCGGCUUUGGGGAGCCAUGCUGGAGUGGCUGGGCCAGUUCAGAGAUGUCGCACUUCGGCUGAAGAAUGGGCGCAUCGAUGUGAUGGAGCUGCUGGCCCGAGUCCGAGAGGAAGGCAGAGGCGGUGGAAAUCACACUUGGCCCAGGCUUGACAACCCAUUCGACAUGGAAGUCAGUUGA